GCCAUUGAGCUGCCAUGUAUUCGUCUUCUGAGCAUAGUCGAGGUAUCAAUCCUCACAUAUCACCAAGAUGCCUUACAAUAUCGCCAUGGUCAGCGACAAUUUCUAUCCACAGCCUGGAGGAGUGGAGAGCCACAUGUACCAGCUGUCCAGCAAACUGAUCGAUCGCGGCCACAAAGUUAUCGUCAUUACACAUGCCUAUGCCGGCCGAACAGGCGUGCGCUAUCUGACAAACGGUCUCAAAGUCUACUACGUACCCUUCUUCGUCAUUUACCGCGAGACGACCUUCCCAACCGUAUUCUCCUUCUUCCCCGUUUUCCGCAACAUUGUCAUACGCGAACGGAUUGAGAUAGUACAUGGCCAUGCGAGUCUCAGUAGUUUAUGCCACGAGGCUAUAUUACAUGCCCGAACCAUGGGGCUGAGGACUGUAUUCACUGAUCACAGUCUAUUUGGCUUCGCGGACGCAGGGAGUAUACUUACGAAUAAGCUUCUGAAGUUUACUCUGAGUGACGUUGAUCAUGUCAUUUGCGUCAGUCACACAUGUAAAGAGAACACGGUUCUUCGAGCAUCGCUUGACCCACUCAUGGUUUCUGUCAUCCCGAAUGCGGUCGUUGCUGAGAAUUUCCGUCCUCUCUCGCACGAUUUGGGCGGAUCGAACAUGCCAAAACCUCGCGCUGCCUCUGGCCCUCCGCAGCCCAUGGGCCCAGAUGAGAUUAUCACCGUCGUUGUCAUCCAACGACUUUACUACAAUAAGGGCACUGACCUCCUCGUGGCUGCCAUCCCGCACAUUCUUGCUGCACAUCCAAACGUGCGUUUUAUAAUCGCAGGCAACGGGCCUAAGGCUAUUGAUCUUGAGCAAAUGAUCGAGCGAAACGUGCUACAAGACAGGGUCCUCAUGAUUGGUCCGGUUCGCCAUGAAGAAGUCCGGGACGUCAUGGUACGAGGUCAUAUCUACCUUUGUCCAUCACUCACGGAAGCUUUCGGUACUGUUAUUGUGGAGGCUGCAUCUUGUGGGCUAUACGUUGUAGCUACGCGUGUUGGUGGCAUCCCAGAAGUACUUCCCCCUCACAUGACAGAGUUUGCAGCGCCCGAAGAGGACGAAUUAGUUGAAGCUACUGGACGCGCAAUCGCAAAACUACGAGCAGGAAAGGUUAGGACUGAGUUAUUUCACAAUCAAGUGAAGCUGAUGUACUCCUGGACGGAUGUCGCACAGCGAACAGAACGAGUUUACGAUGGUAUUAGCGGCAACAUCAGUCACGGCGAGUUCUAUCAAGGCGCAGGCGCGGCUGGUGCAUGGAGUGCUCCACGAGGUCGCGCCGGAGGUCAGAGUUUUGCGCUCAUCGAGCGACUCAAGAGAUACUAUGGCUGCGGCAUUUGGGCCGGCAAGCUUUUCUGCGUCUGCGUCAUCGUUGACUACCUUCUCUACCUUGUUUUGGAAGUCUUUGCACCGAGGUCGCGAAUAGACAUCUGCAAGGACUGGCCGAAGAAGCUUUUGAAGGAGAAAAACAAGGCAAUUGAGCGCGGCUUUGGUGCUGGUACGAAUGGUGAUGAGGUGCUUGAAACAAGAAAUCCCCGACGCCACAAGGAAAGAAAAGAGGAGCUAGACGAUAGCUGA